AGCCUGGGCAGAGUGAGCCAAGCACUUCCACUGGGAUUAAAAACUCCAGGGCUCCAGAGGGCUGGAAGGCACGUCCUCUUCUCUCUCCCGUGCACCCCAGCCCCUAGCCCCCUAGCAGGCCCCAUGCCUCCUCUCUCCCUGCUCACAGGACCCACAGUGACCACUUUAGGCUCCUAUGAGACGUCUGAGGGUUGUGAGAGGAAGAAAGGCCAACGCUGGGGGUCCCUGGAGCGGCGGGGGAUGCAAGCUAUGGAGGGGGAAGUGCUACUCCCAGCUCUCUAUGAGGAGGAAGAGGAGGAAGAGGAAGAAGAGGUGGAAGAAGAGGAAGAGCAAGAGCAGAAAGGUGGCAGCGUGAGCUCCCUGUCUGUCGGCAAGCACCGGGGCCUGAGCCUCACGGAGACAGAGCUGGAAGAGCUGAGGGCCCAGGUGCUACAGCUGGUGGCAGAGCUGGAGGAGACCCGGGAGCUGGCAGGGCAGCAUGAGGAUGACUCCCUGGAGCUGCAGGGGCUCCUGGAGGAUGAACGGCUGGCCAGCGCCCAGCAGGCAGAGGUGUUCACCAAGCAGAUCCAGCAGCUCCAAGGUGAGCUGCGGUCUCUACGAGAGGAGAUUUCCCUGUUAGAGCGUGAGAAGGAAAGUGAACUCAAGGAAAUAGAACAGGAGUUGCACUUGGCUCAGACUGAGAUCCAGAAUCUAAGGCAAGCAGCAGAGGAUUCCGCGACUGAACAUGAGAGCGACAUAGCAUCCCUGCAGGAGGAUCUCUGCCGGAUGCAGAAUGAACUCGACGACAUGGAGCGCAUUCGAGGAGAGUAUGAAAUGGAGAUCACCUCCCUCCGUGCAGAAAUGGAAAUGAAGAGCUCUGAUCCAUCCAAUAGUUUAAAUCUCUCAGAUUACUCUGAGAUGCAAGAAGAGUUGCAGCAACUGCGGGACCGCUACCGCUUCCUGAACGAGGAGUACCGGGCCCUGCAAGAGAGCAACAGCAGCCUCACAGGGCAGCUUGCUGAUCUGGAGAGUGAGAGGACACGAAGAGCAACCGAAAAGUGGCUGGAGUCCCAAAUGCUAAAGGAUAUGAUGUCAGCAGAGUCUCAGACUUCAGAAAUGGAUUUUCUGGAACCUGAUCCUGAAACCCAGUUGUUGCGACAACAGCUUCUGGGAGCUGAGGAGCAGAUGCAUGACAUGCAGAACAAGUGUAAGGAGCUGUGUUGUGAGUUGCAAGAACUACAGCAUCAUCGUCGGACCAGUGAGGAGGAGCAGAGGCGGCUGCAGAGGGAGCUCAAGUGUGCACAGAAUGAGGUGCUUCGGUUUCAGACUUCCCACAAUGUCACCCAGAACGAGGAGCUGAAGACCAGACUCUGUGCCCUGCAGCAAAAGUAUGAUGCUAGCCAGGACGAGCAGAAUGAGCUCUUGAAGGUGCAGCAACAGCUUCAGUCUGAGCUUCGGCAGCUCAAGGUCUUGAAAUCCACAGUCGUAGAAAGCCCAAGUGAGAAGGAGUUACUGUGCCGGCUCCAGAAGCUGCAGCUCCAGUACCAGCACAUCACGUGCGAGAAGGAUAAGCUGCUGGAAGUGCAGCGGCAGCUGUGCGGGGACCUGCGGUACCAUGAGGCGGAGGUGCAGCGCCUCAAGGACAUCGUGGCCUCUUUCCAGGAGAGCAGUGAGAAGAACGCGGAGAUGCACGCGCAGCUUCAGGAGAUGAAGCGGCUGUACCAGACCAGCAAGGAAGAGCUGGAGCGGCAGAAGCGCAUGUAUGAUCAGCUCGAGCAGGACCUCCUGCUUUGCCAGCAGGAGCUGAAGGAGCUCAAGACCACCAAGCCCAUCCCAGAGGACAAGGGGAAAUGUGCUAAUAAGUGUGACGCACUGCUGUCCAGACUGACCGAGUUGCAGGAAAAGUACAAGGUCAGCCAGAAGGAGAUGGGGCAGCUGCAGAUGGAGCAGUGCGAGCUCCUGGAGGAUCAGAGGAGGAUGCAGGAGGAGCAGGGGCAGCUGCAGGAAGAGCUGCACAGGCUCACGUUCCCGCUGCCCAGAGCUGGCCGCCUCCCUAAGAGUCAGGAGCUACUUACAAAGUUACAAGACCUGUGUGAACUACAGCUGCUCUACCAAGGUAUGCAGGAGGAGCAGAAAAAACUGAUCCAGAAUCAAGAAAGUGUGCUCAAAGAACAGUCAGAUCUGCAUGAAGAGCUGCAUGUUUUCAAAGCAUCUCGUUUCCGGGAUGUGUUGGAGAAUCCCAACGAUUCCAAAUCACCUAAGUCCUCCAAGUGUGGUCGCGACAAGUCCAAGCUGAUCAUCGCCCAGAUGCAGGCUCUGCAGGUGCUCUACGAGGGCACGCAGACCGAGCAGGAGCUGCUGCAGCAGGAGCAGGGCAGGCUCCUUGAGGAGCGGAAGAGGCUGCAGGCCGACCUGCAGCUCUGCCUGGAAGAAAUGCAGCUGCUCCAGGUCCAGUCCCCUUGCAGCAAAAUGAGCCUGGAGAAGAACUAUGGCAGCAUGGCCAGCAGCAGCGAGAACUAUCGCAGGAGUUACGGGAGCAGCAUCGAUGAGAGUGAGAGCUAUCACAAGAGUUACCGCAGCUCGCAGGCCAGCGACGAGAGCUUUCUCAAGAGCUAUGAGAGCAGCGCCAGUACCCAGGAGACCAGCGAGAGGCAUUACUGCGCCGGCAGCAGCAGCAGCAGCAUCUAUAAGAAGAGCUACGGCAGCAGCAGCAGCAGCUCUGACACCUGCUACAAGAGUUACAUCGGCAGCACUGCUGACGCCUCUGCCGAGCCUGAAGAUGGAGAGCGCUGUGAGGACAUGGUCGCCACGGUGGUGAUCAAGCUGCAGGGGGUGCAGGCCAUGUACCAGCUCAGCCAGGAGGAGCACAACCGGCUGCAAGACCAGAUGAGAAAGCUGCUGGACAGGCAGAAAGAGCUGAAGGAAGAGCUGGAUGCCUGUGAAAAGGAGUUCAAGGAGUGCAUGGAAAGCCUUGAGAAACCCACUGCCUCCCCAGCCGACAUGAACGAGAUCAGAGAGCUGCAGGCCAGGCUGCGGGAGCUGCAGCUGCAGUACCAGGCGAGCAUGGACGAGCAGGGGCGGCUGCUGGCCGUGCAGGAGCAGCUGGAGGGGCAGCUGCAGUGCUGCCAGGAAGAGCUUCGCCAGCUCAAGGAGAAGAAGGCCUCCGUUCCCAGAGAAACCAAGGGGAAAAAUGGCAAUGAGAAUAUGAACAAAAAUGCCAACGGGGUUAGAAAUAAAAAGUUGACCAGACCAAGCCUGGACGGUUAUGAGGGCAGCUAUGAGAACAGAAAGAGUCUGGAGGUGGUGCUGUACUACAAGGCCAGCCACACGGAUUUACGCGAUCUAAUACAGGAGGAAGUGGAGGCGGGAGAGGAGGAGGAAGUCAAAAAGGACACGAAGAAGGACUCCUGCAACAAACUGGCUUCUGUGCGGUCAGAGCCUACGGAGAUUAAGUCGGCAAAAGCUGAGGAGGGGUGUUCUGAAGAGUCCCAAGAGCAGGAGGGCAAGGAAGAAGACGAGAAAGAUGAGAGCGACAACGAUGCUUGCCCCGAAGCUUCAGAGGGCAGCAACCCCCUCAAGCUUUCUGAGAGCAAAAAGCCAUCCCCUGCCCCCGAGCCCCCCAUCUUCUCCUUGCCUCUUGUAGGCCUGGUGGUCAUAUCGGCUUUGCUCUGGUGCUGGUGGGCCGAGACGUCGUCCUAACACAGCCCCAGAACCAAGCUCUCACUACUGUCACCACCCAGGAUGGCAAAAUAAGGCGUCACUGCCUCCCCCAUUGGAUGAGAGAGGAAUUUUGGAGUGCUGUGACCAACCCCCAACCCCAGCCCUAACACACCGCCCAGGGGCGUAUGUAUGAGGGCAGCCUCAGUUUGUCCUUCAGACUUGAUGAAAAUGGAACAGAAACCCCUACUGUGUUGUGUUCUUUCUACUGAGAAGUUCUCUGGUUUGGGACUUCUGGUCUUCAGAAUGCCAGGAAAUAUUUUAUAGUUCUCUGUUUAUCCCUUUUGGGUCCAGAUUCUAUUGUAAUUCUGGACAGAAUGUGGUACUGGUGACAAGAACGAGAUGCAAGUAUUCUCAGGGCACCAAGGCUGACAUAUUCUGGGCACCUUCCCCUUGGCCUUGGUCCAUGUAAUUUGGUCUGUCAACAGGAUACCAAAUUUAGGAGGCAGGCUGUGGUCUUAGGGCCCAAGGUAGAGCCCUAGGGUUCCACCUGUCUUUGGAACCCACAAACUAUUCUCUCCUAGCCUGUUCUGGCUCCUUUCUCCUGUUCCCCUGCCCCUCCACCACUUCCCACCCCUGCAGAUGGAGCGCAGCUGGCUUACCAUCCCGGUAGCUGAAGCAUCUGUUGGUAGCACUCACCAGCACCCUCUUGUCCUUCCUUCUCCCCUCACUUUCUUUCCUCUUCAUCCUUUCUCCUCUUUAAGGCGGUCCACUUACUCCCCACAAACAGUCUAACUCCUUUAGUGACAGGCUCUCUCCCUAUACCUGUUCUUCCCCGUCCACGUCUAGAUUUCUCAGGCCCUAGGGGAGGAGAUCCAAAGCAUCUGUCCAUAACCUCAGCCUCGGCCAGGCCCACGCAGCCAGGCCCACGCAGAGUGAGAGGCAGGAGCUCCUGGGUCAGGGCGCUCUUGGGGAGCCUGGCUGUGCCCCACCCUGCAGCUCCCAGUCCAGGAGCUGCGGCAGCGCAGCGCUGGAGAAAGCGUGGCUGACAGGAGAACCAGAGACAGACUGGGCCAGGUUCUCUUAGCACUUAGCCCCAGGGGCAAAAUGCAUGGUGGGAACAUUAGUUUCUUCACAGGGCAGCAAAGAAUGGUAAAACCUCUGCUUUCCUCAUGUGAGGAUCGCAGGAGUUCAUGUUUAUGAAAGUGCUUCAUAAAGGAUAAAAUACCUCAUGAAUAAUUUACAAAGUGUAUACUUACAUGAUAUAUACUAUAUGCCUGGCACUGUUCUAAUCACCUUACAUAUAUUAACUCCCUUAAUCUCUGCAACAACCCAACGAGGUGGCUUUUAUUAUCAUUUUAUAUGUAAUAAAACUAAGGCAUGGAGAGGUCAAGUAAUACCGCCAGGGAAUGGUGAAUUGGAUUCUAAGGACUAAUAUUAGCAACAGCUAAAAUUUCCACCUCGCUUCCCCCUUACCAUCUCUCCUCAUCUUGAGCAGCUUUCCUUGGUUGCUUGCAUGUAAUUAGGAAGACUCCAUACUUCUCUUCACACAGUCUCCAGUGGCGUUAGCUCUCUUGUCAGCUAACGUCACGUUGUUAACUCGCUGUGUGUAUAGCUUAUGAAGCCCCUUUGCAUAUUGCAUAUGCUAGGUAUCCUCUCCCCAUUUUCUACCUGCGGUUGAUUUUUUUGGAUCUGAGGCAGAAUUUUUUAUUCAUUCCUAUUAAGUAUAGUCCAUUGAUGUAACCUGUGGAGGUUGGGUUUGCUUUUUUGUUUUUUAACCUUGGCCUUGCGGUUUCAAAGGAUCCAUUUCCCUGCCAGCGCCACAUCCCCCUCAGGGGCGACCGGCCUACCUUCAUAUAUUCAUGUGCAUUAUUUUUUUAAAAUUUUAUUUAUUUAAGUGAUCUCUACACCCCACAUAGGGCUUGAACUCAUGACCCCGAGAUCAAGAGUUGCAUGCUUUUCCAACUGAGCCAGCCAGGCACCCUGUUCCCGCGCAUUAAAGAUGAGGGCCGAGCCUCGGGAAUGUUGUCUCUCCAGGCUCUCUUUUAUCCAGAUCAUUGGCCACUUAACAAAUGGUCACACAGCAAGCUGUGCUGGUACCAUAUUCUUAUUUCCUCCUGUUCUGUCCAAAGAGAUCAUGGAAAAUCCGUCAGAUGUCUUGAUAAAAUCCAAAAACAUUUCUUUGAUCUGUCAGCUUAGUAACCUAGUCUGAAAGGAAAGCCUGAUGUGACUUAGCCCUUUGGGACCAGCCCUGCACCCAUCCCCCAUCCAGUCUGGAACUGGCCUCUGGCUGUUAUAAAGGGUACCAGUUCACAUUUAUGAGCCCAGCUCUGUCCUAAUUUUUUUUUAAUGAAAUUGAUUUAUUUAAGUGGGAGAGGGGCAGAGGGAGAGAGAGAAUCCCAAGCAGGCUCUGCACCCAGCACAG